UUGGGAUUUGAUAGUUGUAAACAUUCCUUGUAUAGAAUAAUGAAAAGAGUAUAAGAAGAGGGUCUUCCUAAGGGAAUGACGGACAGUUUUCCAGAGAAAAUAUACUUGCUCUCAUAGAUUUGUCAUGGUAUUAGAGCCCUAGCUAUGGUGUCCUGUUUUUAGAAGUUUAAGGUUGUUCUAGAGGUAUCAUCUUUCUCAAGUACUCAGUCAGAUUUUUUCCUGUCAUUUUUAGAGUUUCCUUUGUGGUUAAGAAUGUCAGAAAUCAGAAAUCUUGCCCAUCAAGAUGGAUGGAAAAAAUUAUUUUUCUUGGGAGUUUCAAUUUAACAUGUUUGUGAAAGGGAAAGAAUUGUGGGGACACAAAGAUGGGUCCAUUCCUAAACCAACUGAAAAUGCUGAAAAAGCAAAGUGGUAAAGUAAUGAUGCCAAGGUAAUUACUUGGAUUUUAAGCCCAGUAGAUUCCAAAAUUGUUCUCAAUUUGCGUUCUUAUCCUUGUGCUAAAGAUAUGUGGGCUUAUCUAAAGAAGAUUUACAAUCAAGAUAACCCAACUAGAUGAUUUCAGCUUGAAUUAGACAUGUCUGAAUGCUCCCAAGGGACUAUGUCUAUUCAAGAAUAUUAUUCUGGGUUUAUUAAUAUUUGGGCUGAAUAUAAGGAGCUUGUUUAUGGUAAUGUUUUGAUUGAGGGUUUAAAGACUCUCCAAGUAGUGCAUGAAAUUACUCAAGGAGAUCAGUUUCUCAUGAAACUGAGACACGAAUAUGAACCUGUCCGUUCAAAUCUUGAUGAAUAGGGCACCCACUCCAUCAUUGGAGACUUGCUUGAGUGAACUCCUUCGAGAAGAACAGCGAUGCUUGACUCAGGCAGCGCUCAAACAGAAAGACAUUGGUCCCAAUCCACUGGAUGCAGCGUUUACAACUCAGGCUAGAGGAAAGGAUGUGAGCACAAAACAGUGCUACAGCUGCAAAGAAUUUGGCCAUAUAGCCAUUAAUUGCAAAAAGUACUGCACCUACUUCAAGAAGCCUGGACAUUUGAUCAUAGAAUGUCGUCGACGACCUCAAAAUCGAUCUCCUAAUGCUUUAUAUGCUGCUCCUGCUGAGGGUUCGCACAUGGUUCCUAAUGCUUCAUAUGCUGCUCCUGCUCCAUCUCAUUCUUCUACCACUUCCAGCGUUAUAACUCCAGAGGUAGUUCAACAAAUAAUUCAAUCUGCAAUCUCAGCUUUUUGCCUCAAAGGUAAAACUACCUCAUCUCCUUUAUGGUAUGUUCACUCUGGUACUUCCAAUCACAUGACAUUUUUGUCAGCACAUCUGUCAAAUAUAAAGCCAUAUGCGGGUAAUUUGCAAAUUCAAACUGCUAAUGGUGAAGUUGUGCCAAUCAAAUUAGUGGGUGAUAUUCCUCAUACUUUGCCGUUGCAUAAUGUCUUACAUACACCAUGUUUGGCUUCCAAACUUAUAUAUGUUGGUCAACUGGUUGAUGACAAUUGCAACGUCUCAUUUUCCAAAUUUGGUUGCAUUGUGCAGGAUCAGGCGUCGGGGAAAGUGAUCGAGAAGGAACCUAAAUAUGGAAGGAUGUUUCCUAUUCGUUUAUCUAGAUAUCCCAGUAAUAAAUCCUUGUUUUCAUUACUUUGUUCUACCUCUACUCCAUCAUAUUAAAUGUGGCAUAAAAGAUUGGGGCAUCCUAAUGCCAAAAAAUUGUUAUUCAUGUUGAAAUCUGGUCUGCUCUUGAAUAAAGAUCCUAUUGCUUUACAAGAUGUUUUGUUUCAUUGUGAUAGUUGCAAAUUGGGUAAAAGUGAAGCUCUUCCUUUUCCAAUUCACAAAGACAUAACUACCAAUUUCUUCGACUUGAUUCACUCAGAUGUGUGGGGGAUUGCACCUAUUUCCUCCCAUUCUCACCACAAAUACUUUGUUACCUUCAUAGAUGACUAUAGUCGCUACAUGUGGAUCUAUUUCUUGCAUCAUAAAUCUGGUGUUUCCGAUUCCUUUCAAACGCUUCAUGGCUCAUGUAAAAAAUCAAUUUUCCACAUCUAUAAAAGUUUUGCGAUCUGAUUCUGGUGGAGAGUAUACAGAUCAUGGAUUUCAAAAUUUUCUUCAAAGUGAAGGAAUAAUUAUCCAGUGAACUUGCUCGUAUACUCCUCAGCAGAAUGGGGUCGCUAAACGAAAAAAUUGACAUCUUUUGGAUGUUACCUGAACACUUCUUGCUGCAUUUGUUCCAACUCAUUUUGGGGUGGAAGCUCUAUCUACAGCUGUGCAUCUUAUCAAUCAACUACCUUCACCCAGUGUUCUAAAUGGCGGCCGCCUAGGCGCUUGGAGGUACCCCGCCGCCACGCCAAUACCCCUUGCCGUUUGAUUUGGCGCCCAAGGAGGUUUGGCAGUGUUUGGCGGCCGCCUUGGCGGGCUAGGCAGGGGGCCUUGGCUUGUUUGGAGGCCUUGGGUGGCCUUAAAUGUAUAGAAUAAAAAUAAAAGGGCUUCUUAUGUAAUUUUGACAAAAUCACACAUAUAUAUACACAAUUACAUAAUUACGUUUUCAUCCAACACCCACUCACAGCUCACUCCAGUCGAUCAAAGCCCCAGCCAGUCCGAUCAAACUCCAGGCGACUCGUUCCAUCAUCUGAUCGUCGAUCUUCCAUCGUCCAUCUUUGGCGUCGGUCGGUCGUCGCCGACUCGCCAAUAUGUGUGUGUCUCUCUCUCUCUCUUUCUCGUCUCUCUCUCAAUCUCUCUCUCUCUCUCUCUCUCUCUCUCUCUCUCUCUUCCAUUUUUUUUUUCUGAUCGUCCAGGACCAGAUGGGUCCACGAUCCUGUUUCACUCUCUCUCUCGUCUGUUUUUUUUUUUUUUGGUUACCCAAGAAGGCAAGAAUAGAUGGGAUUCAUGGGAAUACAAGCCAUCGUAAAGAAUAGAUGGGUCCAACUAGUAAAUAUUCCCAACAUUUAUCUUGUUACCCACAAAUAUUUUGGGUUUUUCUACAAAUUUCUCAACUUGCCCAGUUGAUUCUAUUUCUUCCAUGACUGUUGUUGACUGUUGAGUGUUGAUUGCUGGCUGUUGUUGACUGUUGCCCAGUUUGGGUUUUUCUUUGGUUCUGUUGACUGUUGUUGAACCUCGUUCGGCAAGCUAAAGCUUAGCAAAAUCAGCUGCUGAAGGUCGAAACCCUUUUUUUGUGGGAUUAUUCAUUAUUGUUAGAAGGAUUUCUUUGACAAUUUAUGGUGGAUUUGGCGUUAAUAUUGCAAGUAACUGCAAGUGUGGACCAUUGAUUUGCUUGCUGAAGGUAGACAUUGAUUUGCUUGCUGUUAAUAUUGUUUUUAAUGUGUAGGCCUAUUGUAAAUGUCUCAACCAAUGUCUCAAUCCCAAAAUGUAUCUUCAAUGGCCUCUAAUGCCCCCACCGAUAAUUCAACAGCCCUUAAAAGAGCAUCAAAUGAUAUGGGAUGGGAGUAUGGAAUACUAGUGGAUCCUACGAAUUUGGAUAAAAUACAAUGCAAAUUGUGUGGUAAGAGUAUGAGUUCAGGGAUUAGUAGGCUAAAAAAACACAUAGCUCAAAUUAAGGGGUCUGUUUCCUCUUGUCCUAAUGCAAGCAAGGAAGAUAUAGCCAAGUGUAAAGCGGCAGUUGAAGAAGGAAGUAAGAAGAAAAAAGACAAGCUUCAAGCGGCCAAGGAGAUUAGGGAGGAAGUGACUAUCAUGGAAGAAGAAGAAGAUGGUGAUGAGGAAGUUGAAAUUGUAGGGACAAGAAAGAGGCCCCAUACUCUACGUCCCAUGGAUAAAUAUGUAUCGGAUAUCAAUCCCGGGAAGAAGAUGAUAGGACAACAAACCAUAAGUGGUACACUUUUGAAGGCUAGAAGUGAGAAAGUGGAUAGUUUUUUGGCUCGAUGGGUGUAUGAAGCCGGUAUCCCAUUUCAUGCUAUUGACAAUAAUAGCUUCCGUCAAUUUUGUGAAGCGGUUGGUCAAUUUGGCGUGGGCUACCAACCUCCAAGCCAAUACAAAUUAAGGGAGCCAUUGUUAAAGGCGGAAGUAGAGAGAACCAAAAAAUGUCUCAAGAAGCAAGAAGAAGAGUGGGCUUCAACGGGUUGUUCUAUUAUGACCGAUGCUUGGAGCGAUCGAAAGAGGAGAAGCAUCAUGAAUUUGUGUGUCAAUUGCAAGGAAGGGACUAUUUUUCUUUCUUCUAAGGAAACUUCGGAUGAGUCGCACACGGGGGAAUACAUCUUCAACUAUGUUGACAAGUGUAUUGAAGAGGUUGGGCCAAAAAAUGUAGUUCAAGUGGUGACGGACAAUGCAUCAAAUAACAUGGCCGCGGCGGAGUUGUUGAAGGUCAAGAGGCCUACCAUCUUUUGGAGCUCAUGUGCCACGCACACCAUAACCCUGAAUUGGUAAGCUACCAAAAUUCAAAGGAGUUAUAGAGAAGGCAAAGGCCUUUACUAUAUUUAUUUAUGCUCACCAUACGACUUUGGCAUUGAUGAGAAAAGCUACCAAAAAGAGAGAUAUAGUGAGGCCGGGUGUGACUAGAUUUGCAACAUCUUUCUUGACUUUGCAAAGUUUGGCGGAGAAGAAAGAAGCCUUGAAGGUAAUGGUUACUAGCAAUGAAUGGGGGAAGAGUAAAUGGGGUCCAAAUAGCGCAAAAGGGAAAACACCAUAUGCUACCGUGCUUAGUAUAUCAUUUUGGAAUGGUGCAAGUCUAUGCUUGAAAGUUUUUGCUCCGCUAGUGAAAGUGCUUCGACUUGUUGAUGGGGACCGUCCCUCAAUGGGCUUUGUGUAUGGAGAACUACAAAAGGCGAAACAAGAGAUCAUAGAGGCAUGCAAAUCUAAAGAGGCUCAAUACAAGCCGAUAUUAGAUAUCAUUGAUACAAAAUCUCAAGGUCGGCUAGAUAGUCCAUUACAUUUAACGGCUUAUUUGUUGAAUCCUUUUUAUUUCUAUAAGGAUCAAACCAUUCAAAAUGAUUCAAGCAUCAUGGAGGCGGUUGUUGAAUGUGUUGAAAGAUUCUAUCCGAAAGAUGUGGAUGCCCAAGAUUAUGUCAUCAAUAAAGAGUUGUUGAUGUACAAGAACAAAGUGGGUAUGUUUGGAAAAAUUGUGGCCGCGAAGGGAUGUGAAGCAAACAAUGACAAUUAUGAUCCGGUUGGUUGGUGGUCUAAUUAUGGCAACUCUACACCCAAAUUGCAAAGAAUGGCUAUGAGAAUUCUCGCUUUGACUUCAAGUUCAUCCGGGUGUGAGAGAAAUUGGAGCACCUUUGAGGGGAUACAUACAAAGAAAAGGUAUAGACUAGAUGCAACAAAGAUGAGCAAUCUAGUGUACGUCCAAUUCAAUGCCAAACUCAUCAACAAGAAAGCAAGGAAGAAGGAGAAAGAUGUCCUACUUGCUAGCGAAGCAACCUAUGCACAAGGUUGGAUUGUUGAAGGUGGUGAUGAUGAUGAAGUUGAGCCGGGUUCGGGACUUACAUAUGAGUUGCUUGCCACCACUAUAGGAGUGGAUGAAGUCUUUAUGCCAAGAAAAAGUGGUAGAAAUGUUGGAGUACGUGAGCCGUGAGAGCUACAUGAAGAAGAUUUUGUAUCGGAAGAUGACUCCGAAGAGGAGGAAAAUGAGGAGAUUGACUUUGAGUCCGAUGGAGAUCAAGUUUUGGAGGGGUAUGGAGGAGAAGAGAUAGAGGAAGGAGAUGAACUUUGAACUUGGCAUAUUCAACUUUUUUGCUAGUUGCUACUACUUAAUUUCAUUUAGGUUUGUACUUUGAAGUUUGAAUAUUAAACUUUGCAUUAUGGUUAUGUAGAACUUUGAACUUGCAUUAUGGAUACAUGGAAUAUAGUUUGAUUGGAUAAUAGUUUAAAAAAAAAAAAACCACCGAAUUGCUUGGCGCCGCCUAGGUGGCUUGGCGCUUGGAGGUGGAUCUCCGCCCUACUAGCGCCAAGCGCCAUUUAGAACAUUGCCUUCACCCAAUCUUCAAAAUCAAUCUUCGCAGUUUCAGUUGCACAAAACUCAUUCCGACUACAACCAAUUGCAUACUUUUGGUUGUCUUUGUUAUGUUCACUUGCCAGCACCAAAUCGGAACAAAUUAACAGCACAAUCUGCACGUUGUGCAUUCCUUGGGUAUGCGCCUAAUCAAAAGGGAUUUUUGUGUUAUGAUCCUUCCGUUCGUCGCAUUUGCAUUUCUCGUCAUGUUGUCUUUGUCGAAAAUCAAUAUUUUUUCCAAAAUCAUCAUGCUUCUACUCCUCCAUCAUCAUACUCUUACCUUCAUGACUUUGGUAGUACUUCUCCAACUUUUACAAGGUUUAAACCUGGGAUGGUAUAUCAGCGAAGAGGUACAACUACCAUUCCACCAGAUGGUCCUAACCGCGAAUGCUCCCCAGCUUCUGAUCCACGUCGUGAACCUCCUCAACUUCGAAGAUCCACUUGCCCAUCUAGACCACCUGAACACUUGUCAUUUUUAGCUACUUCGUCACCAACAUCGAUUCCAACCACUUAUUCACAAGUCAUGCGGCAUUCAUGUUGGCAAAAAGCAAUGUAGGAAGAAUUGGAAGCUCUAGAGAAAAACCACACUUGGGACAUUGUCCCUUGUCUAGUUAACCAUAAACCGAUUGGCUGCAAAUGGCUCCUAAGAACGAUACAAAGCUUGGUUGGUGGCUCUUGGAAAUAGACAAGAGUAUGGCAUUAAUUAUGAGGAGACUUUUGCUCCUGUGGCUAAAAUGACAACCGUUCGUGCACUGAUUUCUGUAGCAGCUUCUCAAUCAUGGCCUUUAUUUCAAAUGUAUGUGAAAAACGCCUUCUUACAUGGUGAUCUCAAUGAAGUCUAUAUUAGACUUCCUUCAGGUGUCCAAAGGAAUUCUAUUUCAGAUGUAUGUGACGCUCUCUUUAUGGGCUAAAACAGGCACCGCGGGCUUGGUUUGAAAAGUUUCAUAAGACUCUUCAUUGACUUGCUUUAACUCAAAGUGCUAAUGAUCCUUCUCUAUUUAUUCGUCGCUCCGGUGCUGGUAUAACUAUUCUCCUUGUAUAUGUCGAUGACAUAAUCAUCACGAGCACGGAUAUGAAAGGUAUUCAUCAGCUCAGCUACGAGAAUCUUU